UAUAAAGUUCGCUAAUACCGUGAAUGGACAUUUUCGCGAUUCAAUAUUAGUUCAAUUAGUCAAUUUCUCGUGUUUUAUUACAAUUUUUAAUCUACAGAUUCCUCUCCUUUCUUUUUGUGCUUGAGUUGCAUUCAAGUGCAACUUUUAAAUGCUUUACAACUGAUCCAACUCGCCGAUCGUCCGGCCCGCGACUUGUUUGUAAACAAAACUUUGUUAUGGAAAAGGCUGCUAUCCGUGCUAUCAAAGGACGAAAUCGGUGGAAAAAAGUCCACUCGUUUCGCGGUUCUGUACCAUGGCUAUGUCUCCUGAGUCGUUGAACCUAAUUCAGAUUUUCAUUAGACACUGCCGUAACUUUCAGUUUUUUUCUGAAUUGCAACAUACCUUUUGACUGAUAGAAUUAAUUAAUUUCUACUACUCCGUUGCAAGAUGGACGACAGUUCCCCAGAUUUGAGUCUGAAGCUUCGAAGAGGCUCAAGCGACUCGAGAGACUCAUUUUAUAUGGACUUUGCGCAAGGUAUCGACUCCGAUAUUGAAGAGGUUGCAGCUGGGACCUCUGGAAUGGGGCAAGAGAGUGUAGAUACAGAUGCAUCAACACCAACAGCCGCAACUGUCAAGAAUGAGAAUGAUGGCGAAAUUGCAACCAUUGAUUUUGAUGCAGAUGCUCCUUGUUGGUCAAGUCGAGAACCUAUGCUACUGCCAUCUCCUGCAAGUCCUAGCGCUGUAAUUGUUAGUCCUGAGACUCUGUCACAUCACUCUUCACCUACCAGACAGCUCUCUCAAACAUUGCGCACGGUCAUGUCUUCACUGCCAGAUCACCCUGUGACCAUAUCGCUUUCCAAAUUGGCUGAGUCCAAUCCUAACAUACUCCAGUUACCAUGUAUGCUAUAUCCAUCAUCAAAACGACCAUCACGAAUCGAACAAAUGCAGAUUCACUGGAAACGAAUGGGAGCAGAAGCUCUUGCAACUACUUUAUCAGCAUUGUAUGGAAAGCUUGUGGUGGUGAUGGGAAUUGCAUUUCCAAUGUCAGAAGUUAUAUCCACUUAUAUUCCCAGUUCCUUUUAUGAGAGUUUUUACCUGUAUCUUUAUUUCGGUAGUAUGGCUUUUUUAUUCUACAUGUAUGCCAUGCUUUGUCAAAAGGAUCCAAGAACUAAGAAGAUCGCUGCAAAAAAAAAAGUAAUAAAAGAGGAUGGAUCCUCCUCAGGAUCAAGCGAAAACGAAUCUGCGAGUGGUCAAGAAACAGGCACCAAUUACAUGUCUGACCUCGAAAUGAGUAUCGGAACAGAUAAUCACACUACCGAGAGGCAUGUUUCUCCCAAAGCUCCGUUUCAACAUUACGGAAGUUUCUAUCUGCGCAUGGGUGCUGUAGCAUUUGGCAUCGGUAGUAUGAUUUACUCAGGACUUGAAUUCGGCCAAUAUUUUGAACUGGAGCGGAAUACAAAGUGUCACAAUGUCUUACUAGCGCUCACUCCAGCAACACGCAUGGCAUUCACAUUUAUUCAGAUGUAUUUCAUCUUUCUCAAUGAUGAGCAACAAAUGCGAGUUACCAGACAUCGGACACUUGCCAGAUUUGGAUUGAUGCACAUGAUUGGAACAAAUUUGUCCAUUUGGUUGAAUGUGCUGAUUCAAGAGACCAAACACGAAAUUUUAACCUUUUAUAAUCCAGAGAACAACACAAUCGAUUUUAACCCAUCCCAUCGAAUUGGCCAUAUAAAUGCAAUCAGAGGUUUUUCAACAACAAUUGCACCAGUUACAACACAAAUUGGUCAAGGAUUUCAUCACCGAGCAACCAGAGGCUUGAAAGGUCCCCACCACAUCUACGAGUGUCGCAGAACAGACAUCAUUGGUUCUUUAGUGCAGAAUGCUAGUCCAUUUUUGUUUCCAUGCACUAUUGAGUAUAGUUUAAUUUGCGCCGCCAUUUUAUAUGUCAUGUGGAAGAACAUCAGCCGAGUUCGCACGAAUCCUCAAGGGACAACGGAACAAGUCGACAAGAUAGCACCGCUGCACUACAAACGAUCCCCACACCAUUAUUCAGUGGACUGUGCUCAAGCUCACAAAGGGUUAUUUGUCGGUAUACUCUUCUUAGUGUUCACCAUCAUCUCAUUGAUUCUGUUCUUCGUACUCGUUUCAAGACCGGAACUCGUAAAUUUUGCUGUCAUGGAAGUUAACAUUUGUGAAGUGUCUUUGUAUGGCACAACCACACUUGCCACGCUCAUUGGGAUGAUACAGGUUCGACAACUCAAAUUCGAUGGCAGCCGCAAUUUAGAGUUGGACAAUAUCCUUCUUGUUGGAGCUCAAAUCGGAAUAUUUUUAUACAGCACAUUCACCAUAAUUGGAGGACACUUCACCCUUGAAAAAAAUACGGUUUUGGUCCUGAUAACAGCCUCUGCUUCACUCUUGCAAACGGUAUGUCAAACUAUGUUUAUUCUUGACGCAUCAAGACGUUCCUGCAUCACUCCAGAGCAGAUUCGCAAGAAACCUGGGCGGGAAAUAGUCACGUUUCUGUUGGUAACAAAUCUAGCGAUGUGGGCCAUAAAUACACUUGAAAAAUCGAGGGCUGACUCACAUCCAAUUCAGCUGCACUUCUAUGGCCUGUGGGCGUGGACUAUCAUUACUCACGUCUCAAUGCCUCUAGCGAUUUUUUAUCGAUUUCAUUCCACCGUCUGUUUGUGUGAAAUCUGGAAAAGAGCUUACAAGAUGAAACCCACUUAUAUGUAAAAGCUACAUAACCUCUUAAUCUUUUUAAAUGAUGUUCUUUGUUGUCAAGGAAUGUGUGUCUUGACAAUGAUGAUUAACUCAUUUGCUGCCAGUAUUUUGGUGCUCACUUCCCGUAGACCAUAAAUAAAAUAAAAUAAUCUGAAAGGCGCCCCAGAGUGUCAGUUGCUGAACAUCAGUAUCAAAGACAAAACAAAAAAUGGUGGUAACUUCUUUUUUAAAACUUGAUAGGCAGUCUCUAGCAUGGGUACCUUACUGAUUUACCUCGCUCUACCUAGGGAUGCAGAGUUUCACUUUUUCACAUUUUCAAGCACCCACCUGGUAGUUUGCCACAUUUCCCCAACAGCUUUCCACCAAAUUCCUGCCAAUUUCAACUGUGAUGACCCUUUUUUUCAAGCUUUCGGGGUGUCAUCAGUGAAUACUACAAAACUUUGCAAACAAUUAGGGUGCUCUGAUCGUCUGCGGCAACGUGCUAAUAAUGCGGAUAUCUUAGUGGACCAAGACGAAAGCUCACAGAACUUUUCAAAAUGUUUUUCCCCUUUCCAUGUCUUAGGGGCGUACAAAAUUUUCACACAUCUGCUUGAGCAAAAUGCUCAGGCAUUUUCUGCAUCCUUGAUUCUACCAAAUUGUGCUGAUAAAGAAAAAUUGGCCAUUCGAACAUUGGUUUUUUGGCACAGUUCAUCUUAUACUGAUUAUUCCUUGAACUUUGGUCCAUGAACUCACAUACAGGCAUAUCAUCUUAUGUCAUAUCAGUAAUACAGUUAUCAUCUUUUAUCAGUUAAGUGGCCGGACAGUUCCAGUCUUCACUGAAUGGCCCUUGUAAAUUUAUCAGCAUGGCAGCAAAUGUGCUAAUUUGACUGAAUUUUAUUUAUUUAAAAAUUUUUUUAGACCUCUGACCAGGUGCAAUUUUAAUUGAUGAACAGAAGAAAGUGAAUCAUCUUUUUUUUGUUUUGUCAAAUCGUCGCUCCUCUGACAUAAUGGUGUAUCUCUGUUUCUGGUUACAGGUCAAUUUACCUACAAACUUUUGACCUACGGCACAUUUUACCUACAGCUUUUUACCUACGACAUUUAAACCUACAACAUUUUAUCUACAAAGCAUUUUGCCUACGAAGCAAUUUACCUGCAGUUUUUCUUGCCUACAAAACAUUCAACCUACAAUUUAUU